GUUAAUAGCAUUUGUAUUUUAUUACAGUUUUUAUUUUUUCUUACGCCUUCACUAAGUUUCCGUGUUUCUUUCUGAACUGCAUUUAUGUUGUUUGAUUUGAUACCUAUUCUUGGCGGCAGCUAUAUUGGGUUGUUUCUCCCUUUGAUUGUGUUGCGUGCAUUGACUGGAAUUGUGCAUUUUUGACUGUGAGUUGAAGCACUCUUCCAGAAUUGAAAACACUUGGUGUUGUAAAGCAACCAAACAUUAUCUUUUGAACGAAUCUGUGUGUAAUCUAUCCAGACAGGAUAGAAUAACAUUUAUUUGUUGCGAUUGAUUUGAUUAAUUGAACUAUUGUUGGUUGGAUAGCUGGGUGGUUAUAUUUGUUUAGAACCGUCAUUUCACCCGAUUACUUUGUUUUGGUUUCAAACGGGCAAGGGCGCGUAUCUAACCCACCAAGACAGCUAUUCUUCAGUCCAAACCUUAGUUUGGAUCUUACAGUUCUAAACAAAUAUCGAUUGGUCGAAGUUGUUUGGCUAUCGCUUCGCGGAUUUUAAUUGCUGUUUCUGAAAAUAUUUGGUCGUUUCUCUCGUGAUGCCGAACACUCGUCAAAGAAAGUCAAGUUCAAAGCUCGGUGCUAAUGGAGCUAAACUAAAUGAUGGAUCCCCUCUUACAAAGCAAGUACCUUUUGAUGUCCUUAAGUGUCAUGGUUCAGACUCAAGUAGGGUUGAUUAUCAUGAUAGUGAGUCUAGUUGUGAUUUAGUGGCAGAUGACGUGGAAAAUCCUAGUUCAGAUGUAAAGCAAGCGAAGAGCGUCAUGCCUGUGACACCUUACGUAUGUUUAGAGUUACCAAAGGUUGAAUUAAGUUAUUUCGAUGGACAGCCAAAAGAGUACUGGAAGUUUAUAAGGCAGUUUGAAACCUACGUAGCGUCAAGAGUCAUUGAUGAUAGCCAACGUUUGCUCUAUUUGAUACACUAUUGUAAGGGUAAAGCAAAAUCUGCUAUCGAGGGUUGUGUCAUGAUGAAAGCAUCUGUUGGUUAUAAGCGGGCCAGAGAAAUUCUAAAACGUUUGUUCGGACAGUCGCAUGUAAUCGCUCGAGAAACCUUGGAAGACUUAUUCAAUACAGUAAAUGUUGAUUGUAAUGACGCAGAGCAGCUAUCGAACCUGGCUAUGAAAAUGGAAAAUUGUGCUAUGAUCUUGGAACAGAUGAAUUAUACUGCUGAUCUAAAUUCUUUAGUUACUUUAGAGCGAAUAGUCAUUCUUUUGCCUCACUCUAUGCAAGCUCAGUGGGCGAACUUCGUGGAUAAAUUGACUGAAGACGAUAGAGAACCAACGUUUGACGAGCUCACUGAGUUUAUAGCAUCUCGUGCGAGAGUAGCCAGUAGUAGAUUUGGACGGUUGGCAAAUCGUUCAAAAAGGGGAUAUAACGUAAAGACGAGUUGUCACUUACAAUCGGGGCAGUGGAAUGGUUCGACCACAAAAAGUAAAUGUAGUAUAUGUUCCGAUGACCACUCUGUUUAUAAAUGUCCACGAUUUUUAGCGCUUACAGUUCAAGAACGAUGGUCUCACGCAAAGAGCAAGGGUAUCUGCUUUGUUUGUCUUAGGCAAGGACAUAAAGCUAAUGAAUGUAAACUGACAGAGCGCUGUAACGUUGAUAGGUGUGGGAAAAAACACCAUUCUCUGCUGCAUUGUGAUUCAACAACCGACGGCGCAAGUGCUAAACCUGGUACUCAGAAUUAUUGCGGAUAUACUAAAUCACUAAAUAGUCAAGUGUGUUUAGGAAUGAUUCCUGUGCGGUUGAGGUCCGAAAAUGCCGAAAUUGUGGGUUAUGCUCUGUUGGAUAACGGUUCUGAUGUAACGUUGAUUAAAUCAAACUGUUUGAGGUCUCUCGGGCUGAAGGAAGACCAAGCGUCAGUGGUAGUUGAGACUGUGGGUGGUAAUAGAACAACAAAGGUCACGAAUACGCCUUUUGAAGUAUAUUCUUUAGAUCGAUCUGAACAUAUUACGAUUGAAGGAGCUCUGAUUGUGGCAAGUAUACCAGGGCAUAAACCAACGAAGUCGGCAAUGAACAAUCUAGUUAGGUGGCCGCAUUUAAGUGAUGUACCAAUAAAUAAUCUGGACUAUGGAGAAGUUCUACUGUUGAUUGGUUGCGACGUGCCGGAAGCACAUUGGGUGUUAGACCAGCGGUUGGGCGAAAGGAAAAAGCCGUACGCUGUGAAAACGUUGCUAGGGUGGACUGUCUUUGGACCUGCAUCAUACCCGGAAUUUAGGAAAAGAGUUGUUAAUCUUACUAGUAAAGUACAGACAUUGGAAAACCAAAUACGUAAGCUUUGUGAUGUGGAAUUUGCAGAUGUCUAUUCAGGUGAUAAAUCAGUAUCGGUAGAAGACAAGGCGGCCAUAGAGAUUGUGGAAAGAAGCACGCGCUUCGACAAUGGGCAUUUUGUAGUUCCUAUACCAUGGAAAAAGAAUCCAAACAUGAAAGUGGGGAAUUAUGAAGUAGCAAACAGUAGAUUACAGAGUUUGAAGCGAAGAUUGUUGAGGGAUGACAGUCUGCACAUCAAGUAUACGAAAAGUAUUGAAAGUAAUUCUGUUAAGGGCUAUGCGGAGAAGGUCCCUGAAAUACACUUGCAGCCUAAUUACCACCCCCGAUGGUAUUUGCCUCAUCAUGCCGUGUUAAAUCCGAAAAAGCCAGAAAAACUUAGAAUGGUCCUCGAUUGUGCCGCCAAGUUUUCAGGCGUUUCCCUAAAUGAUAUGAUUUGUCAAGGACCCGACACCACCGCUGAGCUAGUGUGUAUAUUAUUGAGUUUUCGCAAAGAGGCAGUUACAAUCUCUGCAGAUGUUGAGGAAAUGUUCAUGCAGGUGAAGGUCCCUGAGUCUGAUCGAGGAGCUUUAAGAUUUCUGUGGUGGCAGGAGGGAGACAUGUCGAGGGAGCCAUCUGAAUUUCAAAUGACCUCUCAUCCAUUUGGUGCCACGUCAUCUUCGAUUUGUGCGAACUUUGCCAUGAUUAAGACAGCUCAAACAUUCUCUGAUAGUUAUGAUCGGUAUGUCGUAGAUGCUGUCAAGAACAAUUUCUAUGUUGAUUGCUUGAUAUCAUUUUCUACUUGCGAUCAGGCGAAGGAGUUUGUUAAGCAGAUAACUGAAUUAUUACGUAAAGGAGGUUUUAAAUUAAAGAAAUGGGUCACCAACUCGGAAGAAGUGUAUGGAGAAUUAUUUAGUGAAUUUAAAACCCACAGUAAAGUAGUUAGUCAUAAUGAUCUGAAAGAAUUGUCACCUAUAAUACUGGACGGGUUAAUCUGUGUUGGAGGUCGCUUAAGCUACUCAGAUUUCUCCGAUGCUUUUAAACAUCCAAUAAUUUUACCCAGUCGACACUUGGUGACGGAAAUGAUAAUUAGACAUUAUCAUAAAGAACAAGGGUACACAGGAACGUCUCAAGUACUGGCCACAAUUCGAAAAAGCUAUUGGAUAGUAAAAGGAACUAGCAUAGUUAGAAGAGUGAUAGGAAAGUGUAUGACAUGCCGACGGUUUACGAUGAAUUUAGGACAACAAUUGAGGGCACCGCUUCCAGUUUGCAGAGUGCAGCAAGGCUGGUAUAGUUUCUCAAAUGUAGGGGUAGACUACUUCGGACCUUUCUUAGUCAAAAGAGGAAGGUCAUUAGAAAAAAGAUAUGGAUGUGUAUUUACUUGUUUGCAAACCAAAGCAGUACAUAUUGAAGUGACGUAUAGUUUGAAUACUGAUUCCUUUAUAAUGGCCUUAGUACGUUUUAUUGGAAGAAGAGGGAAACCUGCAGAAAUUUACAGUGACAAUGGGUCAAAUUUCGUGGGUGCAGUCACUGAACUAAGGAAAUUUGUGAAACAGUUUAAUCAGCAGAAGAUAAGUAACGAGCCGUCAGCGAGGCAGAUUCAAUGGCAUUUUAACCCGCCCUCAUCCAGCCACAGGGGUGGAGUAUGGGAAAGGAUGAUUAGGUCUAUACGCCGACUGUUAUUGUUGAUCACCAGAGAACAGACUUUAACUGAUGAGGCUUUAGGCACUUAUUUGGUCGAAGUAGAAAGAAUACUGAACGAUCGACCCUUAACUCCAGUUAUCCAAGAUGCUAACGAUAAGCUAGCCUUAUCGCCAAACACUUUGCUGUUAUUGAGAGAAUGUGACGGAAUAGUAGAUGAAGGUAGCGUUCGAGACAAAUAUGACAAACGUUCGAAACAGGUCAAUUAUCUAGCUAAUGUGUUUUGGAAAAGGUGGUUAAGAGAGUAUUUACCGUCCUUACAAAAACGUCAAAAAUGGUUUGCUGAACAUCACAAUUUUCAAAAGGGAGAUGUAGUAAUCGUGACCUCGGAUAUUUCGACCCGUGGAAAUUGGCCCUUGGGAGUAGUAGAAGGUUGUGAAAUAGAUAACGACGAAAAGGUUAGGACGGUUACUGUUCGUACGAAUAAUGGGUUAGUUAGAAGAGAUAUACGUAAGGUAUGUCUUCUUGAAGGUUCGAAUUAGUUCUUUGCUAUUAUCAAAGUAGGUAGGUCGAGUAGGUGUACUGUUGUAAGUCCUGCUCGUUCCUGUGUAGUAGAAUAUGUUGUGGUAUGAACCAUGACCAUAGGCAUCAAGGUGGCUUGUGUUGUAUGGAGGGAUUUUGCGGGCCGGUGUAAGAUCCAUUUUGAAUUAUUUGUGUGUGAAAAUCCCUCCAUGUAUACACUUGCAGUUUAUUCUUAUUGAUACCUUUGGUUGUACAUUUGUAUUAGUCUUUUUCAUUCCAUUUGAGUUAAUAGCAUUUGUAUUUUAUUACAGUUUUUAUUUUUUCUUACGCCUUCACUAAGUUUCCGUGUUUCUUUCUGAACUGCAUUUAUGUUGUUUGAUUUGAUACCUAUUCUUGGCGGCAGCUAUAUUGGGUUGUUUCUCCCUUUGAUUGUGUUGCGUGCAUUGACUGGAAUUGUGCAUUUUUGACUGUGAGUUGAAGCACUCUUCCAGAAUUGAAAACACUUGGUGUUGUAAAGCAACCAAACAUUAUCUUUUGAACGAAUCUGUGUGUGAUCUAUCCAGACAGGAUAGAAUAACAUUUAUUUGUUGCGAUUGGUAAUUUUCUAGCAUCCUUUUUCAACUUUCUUAUUUAUUGUAAUUUAGAUUUGAUUAAUUGAACUAUUGUUGGUUGGAUAGCUGGGUGGUUAUAUUUGUUUAGGUAACGAUGUACAUUUAAAUUUAUGAUGAAUUAUAGAACCGUCAUUUCACCCG